AGUCCUCAGGUUUUUUCAAGUCAUCACAAUCCAGAAAACUCCAUUCAGAUAUGAUGAACACUAUCCAACUACUCCUGCUUGUCUGCUUUUGGACAGGGCAGUCAAAUGCUGUCAAUCACCAUCAAUGCGAAAUAAUACGAAGUGUGGAUAGUAGUGAAGCCUCUGUCGUGAUUCCAAGCAACCCCUGGGUGCAAGGACAAAACAAGGGUGAAUUCUGGUACAACUCUGUCAAUUGGGUGCAAAAAGGAAAUGGCCCUUUUACGAUGACUUAUAAGGUAGAAAAAUGGACUGACGCUUUAUUCGGAGGAGGUAGUUGGACUCGUUACACUGAGGGUACAGCAAAUCUCUGUCGCGCACCAGGAAAUAAUGAACCUGGCGCAUGGUCAAAGUUUGCACGAGAUCUUUUAGGAAUGAGUCAUUGUCCAGUAGCACCGGGAGUAAAAUCAGUCACCCCAGGACUUCUUAGCACUUAUCAAUGUAGGAAUAUGGUUUUCUAUUACGGAGUUGAUACUAAUAAAUAUAAGUACAGAGCUUUCGUUACUGUGAAAGAUGCUAGGGGAUAUGAACUAUUGUACGCCCACGUCGUCCUCCCAAUACGUUAAACCUAUUACAAUUUCUGUAAUAUGUAAUAAUAAUAACUUAGCGAUGGUUAAAUACAUUUGAGAAUGACUGCGGAGAAAAAGAUGAUCUAUCGAA